ACCCAGAUAGCCCUCUAUAUAAACGGCCGUUUAAUUAUUUGCACUAAACUAGGGUUUUAGUUUUCAUCUUCUCCGGCACUAACGCUCAGUCGCUGUUCCCAAAAGCAGCAGUCGAAAAUGGUGAAGGGUCGCCAAGGAGAGCGCGUCAGGUUGUACGUUCGAGGCACGAUCCUGGGGUACAAGAGGUCGAAGUCGAACCAGUACCCGAACACGUCUUUAAUCCAGAUCGAGGGAGUGAACAGCAAGGAGGAGGUAGCUUGGUACCAGGGGAAAAGAAUGGCGUACAUUUACAAGGCUAAGGUGAAGCAGAAUGGGACUCACUAUCGUUGCAUUUGGGGUAAGGUGAUUCGUCCCCAUGGAAACUCCGGUGUUGUUCGUGCUAAGUUCAAAUCCAACCUUCCCCCCAAGUCCAUGGGAGCCCGAGUUCGCGUCUUCAUGUACCCUAGCAACAUUUGAAGCGUUUCAAGUGGCUGAACGGAGUUCGAGUAUUGGUGGCUUUUAGAAGGAUCUCUUUUGCCUUUUUUUUCUCUCCAUAGUUUGGUCAUGUUUAUUUAUCACCAAGGAUUGGACAUCAAACUAGAUAUAACUGAUUCUGACAAUUUGGGUCACUAUUUUAAUCAUAAUUAUCAACGAUUUCCAAUUUUGAUAUA